AUGGCCAUGUUCCAGACUGGCCGCUUUAUGUGCGGUCUUGGAAUCGGCAUCCUUGUCACCGUCUGCCCUAUGUAUCUCUCCGAGAUGUCCAGUGCUCUGCACCGUGGCUGGUUUGUCGGCCAUCAUGCCAUGUUUCUGGUCUUCGGAUGUAUGCUUUCAGGAUCGGUGGGUUAUGCUUGCUACUAUGCAACGGGCCCUCUGGAUAGGUUUGGCUGGAGAUUCCCUCUCGCCUUGCAAUGUCUGCCCACGAUGGUGCUCCUUCUAGGAUCUCCUUGGCUCCCGCGUUCACCCCGUUGGUUGAUUUCGAAGGGUAAGUUCGAUGAGGCGCAGCACGUCCUCGAGCGGCUCCGUGAAUCACCAGAUGAUCCAAACAACUUGACUGCCAAGGAAGAGUUCUUCCAGACGAAAGAGCAGAUUCAACUCGAGGCUGGGAGAUUGGCUACCUAUGGUAGCUGGGGCGCUGAAUUUGGCGGACCUUUAAUCAUUAACAACUAUGCCGUUCUUUUGUACAAAAACCUAGGCAUGAAGGGAGGCAUGCCUCUGCUUUUGAGUGCUGUAUGGCUGACAACAGCUGGGCUGAUCUACAAUCCUCUAGGCGCCUGGCUUCAUGAUGAAGCCAAUUCCCGACGCGGCAUGUACAUGAUCGGCUUUAUCGGCAUUAUCAUCACUACAUCGUGUCUGGCUACUCUGACCGCCCAGUAUGCUGGUACAACCUACAAGGUUGGAAACGGAUUUGGCAUCUUCUUCAUGUACCUUUAUCUAGCCUUCCAGGGUACUUUCUGCGACACCACUAUGUACCUCUAUGUUUCGGAGAUCUUCCCAACUGAAAUCCGUCCAAUUGGCAUGGGCUUCUCUCUCUUCGGUCAGUUUGCCUCCACCCUCAUCCUCCUGCAAACCGCCCCCAUAGGCUUUGGUAAUAUUGGCUGGAAAUACUACCUCGUCAUUAUUUGCUGGUCGGUAUUUUUCAUCCCGAUCAUAUACUUCUUCUUCCCUGAGACUGCUGGUCUUACGCUAGAGGAAAUUGCCAAAAACGUCGGCGAGGAGGUUGCUGUUAAACUCCCUCGCGUCACGGACGAGGAAAAAGCUCAGCUCGGCCGCCAGCUAGUCACAGAUGAGAACGUUCAAUCAUUCGUGAGCUCUGAGCUGGAUACAGAGACUAAGCCGUCGUCAACCAACGAAGCUGAGCUGAACGUGUCCAAAGCAGAAUGA